GCUGCCAGAGCCCGGCUGGCGUGGCCCGUGCGCGGGUUUGGAAAGCAAACAGUGAUAAUGUCGGUUCAGAUGUCUCCGAGCCGUUAAGGAAGCGGGGUUGUUUGUUCAGUGUCUGUGGUUACGGCGGUGGUCUCUGGAGCGCACCUUACAAGGGCUGAUUAAUACGUCUCUUUUCUCGCUGUAUAAACCUGCGCUAGUACAGCGGGGACUUAUAUAACCCUGUAUCUGAAGGACCCAGGCUGUUGUUACGAGAAGAGGUCGGUCUUGCCGUGGCCUCCUGCUGAAGUGUGCCAUGUGUUCUCCUUAUCCCUUGCGUGAAGUGGGCAGCCGGGGUGGCUGAUGGCUGGUGGUGGCCGUGCAGGAUUUAAAACCUGUAAAUCGUCCGAGCCACGGCACAAGAUAAGGAAGUUUGCAAAAUGAUUGUAAAAAUGGGAGCUGCUACCUUGGAGAAAGAUCAGCUCUUUUUUUUCUCCGAUAGCAAUGUAGGAUAAAUCUGUGAGCCUUUUUUCCCCGGAGUAAUCUGUGCUUUUCCCGCCCCUCUAACAUCUUAUUUCUGUGCUAGUGGCUUGCAGUAAGAGAGACCUGGCUGUAAGAAGGAUGGGUCCAGCCUACAAGGAUGGAUAUUUCUGUUCUGGGUUGAUAAGGGAACUAACUACUGGGAAUGUGAUGGAGCUGUGCUACUGUUUACAAAGUGAAUGGUGAUGCUGAGAAGCACUGAAGUGGAGGAGCUUUUUCCCUGACCAACCAGAGGGAACUGCCCUGUCUCCUCCCUGCUCUGUCACUGUGCCUGGCCACUGGAUCUCUCGUGGCUCUCAGUAGUUGUGAUGAUGGAUGCAUAAAGCAGCAAUUUACUCUUCUCCCUGCUUAAAGGCAAGGAAUGAACUCCAGCAGUGUAUUCCUCAGGGGGGCAUCAGGUUGUUGCAGUACAUCGGCAGAAGGCUUUUGCAGCCUCUCUCCUCUGCUUUAGAGGUUACUGAAGUGCACUAUAAUGUGGUUUGGAGCUUGUUUGUAAACUUGUGUUGGAUACUUCUGAGACUGGGGCUUGUGUUCCAGGAACUGGCUAGCUGAUACGUGCUGCAUUUGUGUGGAGUCACUUCAGUGCUGCUGGAUUGGAGACUGUGCUCUGCUUGUUGCUCUCCUGUGUCUGGGUUGUUGUUUUUUUUUUUUCUUCCCUGGCCCCUAUUUCCUUUCCUCAGAAAAAGUGAAAGCAGUCUGCAAGGGUUGCUUGUCUUGUCAAGUCUGUCUUAUGAGGGCUAAUUAAGAGUUCAUUAAGUUACUGGAAUUAAAAAUCUGUAGCUGGUGAGCCAGUCAUGACACUAUGCCAGGGUUUGUGACUGAGUGUAGACUGUGCUGACAGAUAAUGUUCCAAGUCACAAUGUAUUUUUUGAAGAACAUAAGAUGUGGAAGGGAGCAUGUGCUGUGCUUGUCUGAGGUUUGUCUCUCAGUCACAUUUUGUGGUGUCACAAUGCACUGGAUUUGGCACCUGAUAGAUUCAAAGAGGCCAAUGCAAGCGGUGCUUAUAAUUUUGGGCUUCAGUGUACAUGUACUGACUGAGUCUGGAGUCACUGAGGGCUUGUGUUGACAAGGAGUGAGGAUUAACUGGUGUUGGCAGGGAGUAUCAAUGAGAUGAUCUCAGCUGGGCUGUGCUUAUCUUCAUGUCCUGGGGAAGGAGACUUGCACAUGUAUUAACUAGUAGAGUAGUGUUGCAUUAUAGCAGUGGGGAAACAGCUGGCUAGACCUGCAUGACUUAGCCUAACAAGCUGUGUUUUGGUAUGAAUUCCCCAAACCUGGUGUGUGUGGCGGGCUGUGGAGGUGCUGCCCUGCUCCUUUGUAUUUACAGGUGUGUGUGAUGUAUCUUGUACCCACGGCUUAACUCGCCAAGUCACAAGUCAGACACUGGCUGCUUUCAGACAAAGCCAUGUGAUGCCUGCAGAAUGAAAGUGAGUAAGUGUCUGUUACCAAACUGCAGUCACUGGGUUGCUUUGCUGGUGGCCACUGCAGAAUGGGCUCAUGUCAAGGUGUUGACUCACUUCCAGUUACUACACUGCUCUGGGCAACAAAAAAAAAUGUUCCCUUGAGUUGCUCCAUGUGAGUAACUGCUACAGCUGCCACUGUUUCUAUCAAUAAUUGCUGGAGGGAAGAGCACAGUUGUCCUUAGCAAAGAGGGGGCAUGUGCUACAGGUGAUGGCCAAACACUCUCUGCUGAGUGUGAGAAAAUACAGCUUAAAAAUACUACUAACCAAGCACAUGGUGGGGAGAAUGUGCCACUGUCAACUGUGUUUUCCCAGAGACUACCAAAGCAUCAAUUCCCUGUUAACUCUGUUGUGCUCUGCCCUCAAAGGUAAUGCUUUGGAAACUCCUGGGAUAAAGUAAAUUGGCCUUUUGCAUUGGUCAAAAAACUCUCUUCCAGACUAAGGAGUGUUCUUAUAUGGCAAAUAUGAGAGUCCUCAUUCUGGGUGCUAAUUGGGUAUGGGAACUGCUUUCCUCUGUAGCUGUGGGGUGGGACAAACUGCCUCAACUCUGUAGCUUUUAAGAGAAGGAAAUCCAGCAGACUGUCCCUGGUAGAAUAGAUUUGGUGUGAGCUGGAUCUGUGUUGAGGUCCACCUCCAGUGUGUAAAGGCAGUGAGUAAGGAACUGCCAGAGCAGUCAGCUGAACUGUGAAUAAUGACCUAGUCUGGAGCUGAAAUUGAGGAAACCUUAAACUGUCCCAGUCCAAGGGACUGUCUGUGCAGGAGUCCUUUCUCUAGAAACGGCACAGAAGGAAGGACAAUUUCAUUGCAUGUUAAUUGUACACUUGAGUUCUGGACCUGGACCAGUGGGAUGAGCAGAUGCAAGUGCUGGAUGAUGAGAUGGGUGCUUGGUGCUGUCUCAUGAGUGCUGGGGACAGUUCUUUGUCACGUGGUGUCAUACCUGGGAUUGGCAUUACGGUCCAGAGCUCUCCAGGCCAGCUGGUGCUUGUGACAAUGUGACAGUGCCCCAGGGAGCAUGGUUUGGGGGGAUGGGUGUAGGGCCACAGGCCAGGGACAGCUGUGGGCUAAUCCUUUCUAGACAUCUGACUUGAUGGGUGGCCUUGCUUCUGUCACUCGACCCUGCACUGGGGUUUUCAAGCAGGGAGAAAAUAAAGCUAAUGCUGCUCUUGUCUGAUUGGGAUGGGUAUUAAUACCAGUUUUAUUUAGAGGCCUCUACCACGUGACUUGUUCUGGCAGGGGGUAGAAAAGGUGGGAAGUGUCUUUAUCUGUCCACAAUGUGGAAGUGCCAUGGGGGCUUGGCAUGGCGUCAACUAUCUAGUGUUUCACUCCUGUGGUCAAUGUCUUGUCAUCCUCCCUUCUGGUUUUGUUGUACUUAAGCAGCAUUGAAGAUCAGUUUCAAAGGUUUCUGGAUUAGCAUCUCUUUCUGAUCUUAAUAGAGAAACAGCCACCUGCCUUUGCCUUAGCUUUUUUUUUUCCUGAAGCAUCUUGUCCACUGACAUUUCCUUGUCUUAUGGCUCUGCUGGUUUGUUCUCUUCCAGAACAUGUAAAGACAGACUCAAAGCUGAAGCAGUGCUGCUACUGUAUGAUAGUGAGGCUUUUAACCUGCAAAAGCUUUCCCUGGAAAGAGGAAGCUUUUUAAGGGGAGGAGGAAGAAGUGCGGGGCUUUCUCUUUGGGAAGAAAGCUUUUUGCUUUAAAAAAAACCCCAACAAAGUAACAACAACCACCACCAUCUGCCUGAUUUCAAAGGGAGAGCAACAACUUUUGACUUGGGAGCUUUUGGGGCAGAAGGUGGUGAUGCCUGAAUGGCGUUACCAAACAUGGGCUUUUUCUUUUAGCCUGGGAGGGGAAUUUGAUGAAGCUCGUAAGUCGGAGCAGCUGUGUAGAUGUUAGUUUGAAACUGCUUUCUUUGGAGGGCUGGUAUGUUAUCAAGUCAGGAAUCUGUCCUGAGGAGAUCCCAGAUGGGGCCUUGACACCAUAAAUGUACAAAGGCACUCGGUUGCACAAAAACUGCAGAAACAACUUAGUUCUAAAGAACGUGAGCCACGGAUGGUAAACAGCCAAGAAAAGCAAGUGAGGGGUAAGGCCAAGCCGUUCUCGACAUGAGAAGGCUACAUUGGUCUCAGAUGUUUAGGAAUUCUUAGUUAAAACUUCUGCAGACUUCCCCAUGGAUAAAUUCUGGUUUGAAUGGCCUCUUGUAAAUUAAGCUCUACUUAAUGUAGAGAUGUGAAAAAUGCCUGGAUUCCAACUGCAGUGUUUGGAGGUUUGAAGUGAGCCCUGGAGUUUGCCAAAGUGCAGUUCUUGCCUAGACACCCUAAUUCAUUGUCGUGUGGUGCCUCGGGAUCCCUGGGUCUGUAAUGCAGCCUGGUGAGCUGUGCUGCAGGGAAAGCAGCAUUGCUUCUCACUGAGGAGAGAAUGAUGACUCUCAGUGCUUCCAAACAGUAGCCUUUGGUCCUUACUGUGGAGGAGCUGGGACACUGGGUGUGAGGGAUGGAUGGGGUUGUGCUGUGUUGCCAGCAGUUCUGCAUGGAGAUGGUUUCUUUUGAUAUGCUAUUUUAAGGCUAAACAAAUCAUGUUAUUGAAUGUGGAGAAAGAGGGGGGGAUUGCUUUGCCCCAUACUAAUUCCAGACCAUCAGGGACUCGAAGUUUCAAGAGGUGCCCAUGGAAAGAAAUACCUAAAACUUUGUGGACCAGCUGGUAAGGGGUAAGCUGAACUGGGAGAAUUAGUGACUGUGUCCUAGUUCCUGUAAACUGUUGAACAGCUGCAGAAGAAACCUGUUGACCCUUGUGCUGAGAAGAGGUUUUGAGCCUCUGUGAAUCCAGAAAGUACCUGGCUUGAUGCCUGUGGCAGGAAAUGUAGUUGCUUGGACUUUGUGUUCUGGGGUUCUGUGAUAGGCAGGAGCUGCUGCGGGCUGUGCUGUCACCCUGCAGCCUCGCUGUCAAGGUUCUGCACUGCUGCCUUCAGCACUUGGCUUCCUUGCCUGAUGGCCCACACAGUUUUCUCACAGUCAAUGCUCUGGGGUUCUCCAUGUGGCAUGUUGGGCACUUCCAGCUGGAACACAGCGGAGCUGGGGGUGGGAGUGAAUCAAACUGAUGAACGCGUUUCAUCUUCUGUGAGCCAGGGCACUGCUUUCCACUGCCUCUUACCUCACAGUGUUCUUGGAGUGCUGUGUGUCCCUCUUGCAGCAAGGAUCAGACAGGCAGUUGUAAGUGGUUUCAGCCUCAGACUCGACUCUGGUGUUGAUUCAGGCCCAUGCAUCUCUUAGAUCUUGCUAGCACAGCUUAGUUUGCAGCCUGAGAGGGGAAGGGCAGAAGGGCUGCACACAUGGCACUGAUUCCAGCAGGAUAUUGCUGGAAGGUUAGGUAUGUGGCACGAGGGCUUGCCAAUGUACAGCUGCUGUGCAGAAGUUAAAAAAGGGGCAGCUAAUCUGCUCUGAAGUGGCUGUGAGCUUGGGUAAUGGUGAAAAUUCAGGGAGUGAAGGCAGACCAGCACUGUAGUGCUGCUGGUUUUCCAGGUUGUGGGUUUGACCUGCUGUAUGGUGGGAUGGGGAGAAGAAGAAAGGGCUGUGUGUGUGUCUUGGGUUUAUUAAUGUGUCUGUUUCAGUGGCUGAGGUUCAUCCUGGAACUUGGAUAUUGCAGUUCCUUCUUAAUGGUUGCCUUAGUUAAUUGACCUUGAGAUGAUCUACUCAAGGACCAACAAGCUGCUAAAUGGUUUAACUUUUUUAACUCUGUGUUUGCAAGAAGCAGCUUUUGAAGGAGCUGAGAGCUUUCCUGGAGGGUUCACUCUCCGUGUUCCCCAGCUGCAUCUUUCCUGUUCCACUGAGGUGUUUCUGACCCUCUGGGUAUGUCAAGUGGCAGUAGGACGUGAGAUUGUUGAAGGGGAGGGUCACAUGUGCCCACAGUGCCCACGCAGGUCCAAAUCUGCACUUCUGGCAUGAAUGACAAUAACGUUAAAUCCGAGGCUUUAUUUGGGUAAUCCCAUAAAGCCUGGUGUGAGUGUGGACACCGAACUGGAUUUGCAAGAGGCACAGCUUUGUGUGUCAACACCCCAAGUGGGAGGGGACACCUGAUGAGAUUUGCCUGGAAGGAGCAAUCGCCCACAUCUGCAGCCAGGCUGUGAUUGUGCAAGUGCCCUCCUGCUUGCUCCAGAGCAGUGCUGUGAGACUGGGGAACCCUGCCAAGCGUGCUGUGUCACUCCAGGGUGGCAGAGAUGCCCAGAUGUUUGCCUACAAGGAGCUCCAGUAAAUCUGCUGCUUUACUGAGAAGAGAAUCCUUGCUGCCAGGUGUACUCAAACACUAACUUGCAGUAUGUAUUUUUUCCUAUAAGGACUUUCUGCUGUCCGUAUUUUCUCCAGAAAGGAGUUUGCCUCAUGAGGUGCCUUCAGUCUUUGUGCCUUGAUGCAGGGAAGCGGUUGCAAGUGCAUGUGGCAGCACAUUAUCAGUGGGGGUCAGCAGAACUUCCAUGGACUGCACAUUGCCCCUGGGCCAUGUGCAGCAUCCCCUGACUAAGCUCAGUAGGCAGCAGCAGGUUUGGGCUUUAGGCCAGAGGUGUGGCAAGGCCUCUGGUGUGCAUCGAGGAACAUCCAAGAGCAAAGUGAGACACGGGGCUUAUCCUCAGCUGGGCUGUGUUUUGUGGGAUAAGUGCAGCAACACUUGGGUGUUAAAAUGGAGAAGAAGGACGGCUUUUAACGGUUUUGCGGUUUUUGGUAAGAAACAAGAGAGGAAUGGCUCUCAGAGCUUGAAGUGGAGGAGAUUUCUUGAUGCAGGUAGGACCGUGGUUGGUGCUGGGGAGCAGUGUGCUGUAGAGUAGGACUGCUGGCAAAUCCCCCUGUGUAUUUAAGAUAGGAGAAUGGGUUUUGAGCUCAUGGUCAUUAAGGUGGAGGGGAAGGAUAGAGUGAUGUAACCAGUACUUGUUCAGUGGCAUGUGCUCUUAUGUUGUUUGGAUUAGGCUGUCUUCAAACUUUCCAACAAUGCCAACCAAUCCUCUGUCUAGAGUGUUUUUGAAAGAAUCCUUGGCCUCAUGGGAAUCUCCAUUUCAAGGUGCCAAACAGCACAGCAGAAGGCAUGUCAGUGGUUUUACUGCUGAGGAGGCUUUUAUGCCAACACAAGGUCCAGUGUACUCUUAAAUCUUGUUUUGGCAUACCUGAGACACCCACAGAAUGAGUUUGUCACAGAAAUGGUGUCUGACCCAGGGCUGUGGUGCCAAAGAGGUGUCAGUCCUGUCCUUGGCACAAAGCAGGCAGAGCAGAUGGCCCAGCAGGUGGCAGGGUGGCAGCAACGACAAAGUGACUUUGCAGGACGUUCAGCAAACCCUCUUGUGCUUACAAGUCUGAUGGAAGAGCUGGACAGUCCAAUUAAGACUUGCCUAGAUGCAUUUAUCCAGGGUGAAUAGCUCCAUAGCCAGCAUUUUCAAGUCUAGGAGUUGGGAUUAUCUGUAGGGUGGUUUCAGUUUAUGCUUUCAUUGAAUAUUAGUAGUGUAAUGGAUUGAUUGAAAUAAAACUGCGAGGUAAGUUUAUUCUGGUGGGAGGGCUUUUUGGGGGAGGAAAACACUGUUGGAUGUGGUGGCUUUGUUUGAUGUCCCAGGCACUAGAUAUUCUGGACAGUUUACAUCUCUUCCAUGUUUGGGAGGUUGUGGUGCACUCAGUGGUGGGUGGCAGUGGCUUUCUCAUUACUCUCAAACUGAUGUUUGCACACAGCAAGUCUUGGCAAAGCCAUCCAACCUUCUCAGAAGGAGUAAGGACUUCAGCAGAAGCCAAAAAAGAGUUGCACAUACUUGGACUGAGACUGCCCAGCCCUAGAAAAGUCAGAAGCCCAGAUUCUGAGGACAGCAGCUAACAUAACUGGCUUACAUCUCUACAGUUCUCGAUAACUAAACUCUGAAAACACAAGGCAGCUGCUCCUUUCUGCUUCUUCCUAAGUGCACUGAGUGUGUUUUGCUUAAGAGCAGAUCUCUUGACUGUUUCUGCAAGGCUUCCUCAUCUCUGUGUUUUUUUAAAGCCCUAUUAAUGUGUUUCAAACUUGGUUUCCUAAUUGGAAACUUUCCAUUGAUGUCACGGGAGCUUUCUGCGGCCCACCUCAAAUAUCUUGGUUCACCAGGAAUUAAGUGACUGGACAAAUGUUUAUGUUAAACACUUAUUUAGAAGGUAUGUGGACUUAUGAGGACCUGUGAUGGCUGUGGUAUGUUGGGAGGAUGUCUUGGCUGUACAGUUCUUGUCUUGCCUUUGAACUCUCGAAGUCCUGGCAGCUGUUUAAUGCCUAGAUAAGGACUCAGGCUUGCUCCCAGCUCCUGAACGUGUUCCAUCCCUGACUGUUGAGCUGGUUCUUGUCUCUUACAUUGGAGAGCUUUUUGAGUGGGUAACCUUCAUGGAAAGGACCCAGAUGGCAGAGUCUGGAAUAGUCACAUCAGAGGGCCGUUGGCUUAAUUACAGGUGUGGAAUUUUGUUGUUUUAGAGAGGAAACCCACAGUUUAGUCUGCUGAGGAGCCCUAGGGAGGGAAGGAAGAACAUGGAAGUUCUUCAGACUCUGCUUACUCAGGCUUCUGUGGCAGUGUCAGGGCAUUUGGAAGGUGGAAACAGGAGGAAUAAAAACCACCAUGGCAUUCCAUGUCACCACCAAACAGACCUCAGACACCGAGUAGAGGCUGUUUCUUUCCUUCCCUGCAGGACAUUGUGCUCUGAGGUGCAGCUUCAUAUUGGCACCUGGGAGGUGAGGAAGCCACUUUAAAUAUCACUCGAUUUCCAGAGUUCAAGCUAGUGAAACUGGUGCUUAGGAAUGAAUUUCUGAGUGUCCCACUACCACUAAGGGGCAAAUUUCACCCCUUGCCACUCGAACCAGUAGUGAAGCUACUGAACGAUGCUGUAGUGCAUGUCUUGGUCAUGUUUUUUUUGGCAAAAACAUUUGUUCUGUAUUACCACAACUGCUAUUUCCAGGAAAAAGUUGCUCUGGGAUAUCUGGCUACCUUACAGUGCAGAUGUCCUCUGAAGGCAGCAUGUGCAUUCUUGCAGCCACAGUUUGUAUAAUGUGUUUUUUAUCCACUUCAUUUUGGUGCUUUCCAGUCUGAUUUGUCUCGUUGUGCUUUUACAGGGAUACAAUUGCAGGCAGGCUAGAAAGGCUUUCUCAAAACUGCUGUUAUGUGAAGCCUUUUGCUGGAUGAUGUCAGGAGCCAGCCAAAGCUUUUGGUCACCCUGCCUGUCUCAAACCACCCCAGCAAUUUCCAGGGACCCUUUCAGGUAAUGGGGAAAGCAAAACAUUGCAUCAUGCUGGGACUGUACCCAGCUGCUGGAUUCGUGGAGAUGUGCAGUGCCUCUUCCUAAUUAUGGUGUGUCCCGGGUCAAUUAUAUUUAAACACAGAGUCCAACCGUAUCAUUAAACUUUUUUUGGCUAAUGACAAGUCAGAAAUCCAGUGAAGCAUCAUCCCAGAAUGCUCUGCUCUGGGGAGUUGCUGAGUGUGUUCCAGUAAAGCUGGCAGCGGGAGAUGUCUCUUGUGCAAUCCGUCUGCCAGGAAUAUCCCCUUAGUUCAGCACUUUGGGAGCUGCUGUGCGGUGAUGCCUCGUUGCUGGUGCGUGUUCCUGGACGUGGAGGGCUCGCCUUGCUGAGCACCCUGGUGGAGUGGUUUGCUGAAUGUUGACAAAUGUCUCGGCACUGGUCUGUUCCGUGUUUAUCCAGCUCUUUCUUUGGGUUUUCGCUUCAUAUAUCCAGUGUUUGAGUUACACAGCUCCUGGCAGCUGCCUCAGGAAUGAGAGGUGAGCACAUCUUUCUAGAGACUGGCGAUGGGCUGGGUCAGGCAGAGUGCACUGUGUUGGUUUCUUGUUCCUUGAUAGUUCCAAGCAGUUUAAAAGGUUACAUAAAGUGGCUUUCUCUACCUGCUGUUGAGUGGAAGGAUGGGAAUCCUUCGCCAUCCCCAUCAGAAAUUACAAUUCUGACUUGAUUCUCUGCAAAGAACGGACUGUAGCAGGCAGGCAAGAAAGGUCAGUGCUGUUUUCCAUUCUCUACUGGCUGGAUUGCAAAGCCAUUUGUGCCCAGACAUUCUGGAGGUGUUCUGCCAUGGUGUGACUCUGCUUCCUUUUUUGCUAAGGGAGAUCCCUAGGAAAUGGCUUUUCCUAUGGAGACUUGAAGGGGGGGGAAGAAGGAAUUGGAAGCUAAAGGGGAGAUAUUGUGGAAUUAAACAAGCCAAGGUGCUCGAUGACCCUGGUAUAGCAAGCUAGGAUUUGUCUGGACACUUCACCUCAACUGGCUGCUGCAUCAGUUGGAGAACAGAAAUUGCAUCUCCUGUCUGUGUUGUUGGAUUUGGAAAGGGUUUUUCCACAGCUUUUGUUAUGUUUAAGGGUGCUUGUUGUUCCCGGAUUAAACUUGAAUAGAAAACAUAAGGCUGCUGCCAGCUUUCUGUCACAGACACCUUUUAUCUUGCAUUCAUCUCUUCCAAGCAGAUGCUGCUUUCAUUUCUUCUACUUUUUUGCUACAAGAGUGAUUAGCAGCCCUUUGAUGCAGGGGAAGAAACUGUAUUUCAAAGCAAAGCACCUCCUUAACUUUGAUAACAAAACUGUUGUUUUUAUCUGGAAGGUAAUUCUGUGUUCCUUUGAAACAAACCUGAGGGCUGGGAGCUCCUGAACCCUUCUUGCUCUGAGUGAAGGUGCAGAUCCUUCCCUGGGGGCUCAGUGACUGUGCUGUUUGGGUGGGAGGUGUGGAUGAAGCUGAGCUGCUCGUGGUGAGGAUGUUCCUGGGGCAGAGGGUGGCAGAUGCUGGUGCACAGUGUCUCUGCAGGUGUUUUCCUUCCAGCUGGCUGUGAGCUGCAGCGUGUGGCUGAUGGUGUCAAAAGUGCCAACCACACAGCUCAAGGUGGGGCACGGCAGGAGGAAGGAGCUGAGGGGAACGGGAGCCUGCAGACACUGCGCUGUGGUGGUGAAGCAAUCUGUAUCCUCCAGCCAGGCAGAAUUGUUUUUUCCAAUCCACCCUGCCCUCCCAAGCCUUCCUGCCUUCAAAGGCUUGUGCUGAGCGUGAGGUUCAUGUCAGCAUCCAGCUUCUGGCUUUCAUCUUUUCCACUUGAAGAGAUAAGCCCUGCUCCUGUGAGGUGUAAUACUUCCGAAAGGGUGGUGUGGGGAUUGUUUCCCAGGGGGAUGUUGAAGUGUUCCUGUCCUCAUAGGGAGAACAACUGGUUGAUAAGACUGAGCCACAGCAUUGCUCGUGUGGCAGGUGACUUUGAGGAAUGAAGCAUUCCCAAACUUCGGCUGUGGCUGGCUUGGCUGGUGGUCAGGGCAUGGAAGAGAAGGUGUUGUCAGCAUUUAGCAUGUCACAAGAAUUAUGUGACGCAGCAGAGGCACGUUGGAUGUGCAGAUCACGGGUCCAAGAUCUCAUUUGAGAGUUGGGGCUGAGGAAAAUACCUACUGAAACUACCAGACUCAGUGAGGGAGACCAUGCAAGGCUGCUUUGCACAUAGGCAGGUGCUGGAGGCACUGAAGAGUCUGACAGGCUUGCAGGUAAGGAAACCUAAACUUGACUUCAAGAACCUGUCACAAUUGUGUGAUGAGCUCCUGCUUUAGGUACAUGUACAGGGGUGUUGACUUUUGUAAACAUCCUUUUGUUAAGUGAAGAGAAUGGUUUCCUAAACAGUGUGGGGGGGAAAAAAAUCACUUCCUCAGUGACUCAGCUGUCUCCUCUUGUGAGGUUUUUGUCCUCAGUGGUGACACCCUCAGUCUCCAAAGACUUCAGGACAGGAAAGACCUGAAUCUGUGGUUUAAACUGUGAAAGAUCUACUGGGUCUUCAUACACAGUCCUGUUUUUUCAACACCUAAGAAGCCCAGGAUGAAGAGAUCUGGGUCAAUAGUGUAGAGGAGUGCUGAGUUUUUUCCAUGUGGCAAGGUAAGACAAAAGGGCACGUGAACUGGAUGUCUUUGUGUUGCUUAGAGUAAAUGACUGUGCAGGAUGAAGGCACUAACAGCUGGUGCAAAGGGACUGAACUGCAUUCCCUUGUCUAGGAUUUGUUUGACCUGAGCAUUAACACAAAACUCAACCUGAAACUGGAAUGACUGGAACAGGGAAGAAGAUGUGUAACUGUAAGUAUAAGGAGGAGUCGUGUCACCAUACUUUGGAACAGUUGCCCACGGUUUGUUUUUGAAGGUUUACAAGAGUAAACUGGUGAGCUAGAAAACAAAAUUUGCCUUGGACCAUCCUGCCCAAGGCCUUAGCAGCUGUGCUGUCCACCUUCCUGACUCCCUGCUUGGCAUUCACUAAAACAAGGUAUAAAACUACAGUUCUUGCACUGCAGACCUUCUAGGCUGGGCACUUGGUUUGACUGUUGGGUGUCAGCCCCUCUUUAAAGAGGGACAUGACUGUUGUGAUAGGUCACAGGAGCACAACUAACUUUAUCUCUUGACCUGGUGGUGAAAGGGUGGAAGGAAAUGUACUGUGCAGGCUGAGGCAGCUGCUGGUGAUGAGGGGCUGCACACCCAGUGUUUGGGCUGGUGGAUAGAGCUUGAGGGGAAAGUUGUGCUUGUUACACUGAUUUUUUUUCUGCUUGAAGCUCUGCAGGGAUUGGGUUGUGCUGUAGCACUGGUUAUAUGUAGGAAAGCAGCAGCUAUGCAGAGCUCUUUGGCUGCAUUCAGCCCCGGGCUUAUGGAAUGAAUUUUCUCAAGUCUCGUGAUUCCACUGUCGUAGUGUCUGAUCAGGUGGAAAAGACUCAGUCAGGAAGCUCAUUAGCUCCUGCCUGAGGGACUUGUUUCCUCCCUGAAAAAUAGCAGCAGGCAUGCCUGGCUGGCUGGGAAUCUCUCUGCAUCCAUCCUCCUGUCUGUGUGGUGGGCUGGCUGUGACAGGAGAGGUCAAUGCAGUGACUAAACACAGACUGUAAGAGGGAGGAUGAAAGGGAUGAACUUGGAUGGAGCACGAUGGUUGAAAGCAAGGAAGAGGAUGCCAGCUGAGUUGCUGGGGAUGCAAAUGUAAAUAAACUGUAAAAGUGGAGGAGGAAAAAAAAAAUCUAACCUUUGCUUCCUUAAAUGUCAGGGACAAAAGGAGGGUUUUUGUGAGGAGGAACUGAGGAGUGUUCUGCUGGGCAUCAAGGAUGCUGGGGCUUGGAACCUCCUCCUCAGGAACGGGCAGUUUGUGGGCAUCCUCCUGUUGUUCACCUUGCUCUCUUGCUCUCCCCAAGGAUGAGAAGUGUGCAACGCUCUGAUUGCUCUGCAGAGUGUGUUCUCCUGCCCUCUGUGGCAGGUUGGUAGUGGUAUUGCUGCCCUUCUCCACGGGGGAAAUGCAGACCCAGGGAAGGGAUGUGCCCAAGCUUGCCAGGCUGAGUGGCAGUGAAGCAGGGAGGGAGCACAACUUCACUUCUGCACCACGAGGCCCUGAUUUUGGUGAAUGUGCUGCCCUGUCCUCUGACUCAGAACAGCAUCCAGUCUGUGGUCCUGUAAAUGCUCUGCUUGGAGGGAGCAGAGGCCCUGUUGCAACUGGGCCAGGAAUUAUCUGUUUCUAGUACAUGGCCCAGAUUUCAAUUACGCUUUUUCCAGAGUGAUGAGCAGCACCAGACACACUUGCACAACUUCCCCUCUGGCAGAGAUGUAUUUGAUGUAGAUACAUGUGCUGAAGCUGCAGACACAAUAAACGUAUUUGAGGGUAACAGGCUGAGUAAUCUGGUGCUUGGCAGCUGCUCUGUUGUGGGGAUUUUUGCUUUACUGUUAGCAGUGUUUGUGACAUCUUCAAAUGAAAAGAGGAAGGAGACAGUAGCUGAGCAACCUUAAUAUUAAAAUAGCUCAAACUACAAGUGGUUUUCCUGACAGAAGGAAUCCUGCUGAAUUCAGUGUGUCUCCUGACAGAGUAUACUGUGUUGCUUUGAGGAGCAGGGAUUGAUAUCCUCACAAUCUGCUGUGUGCUUUUAAUUUUCAAGGCAUCUGUUUGAGAAAAUGCUGCUCUGCAGGUCUGUAAUACCCAGAUCAGUGAUUUGAGUACAGUAAGGGCUCAGUUCACAUUCUCAUGCAGGUACUGGUACUUGGGUUGUGCUAGGUGGCUUCUUCCAGCUCUUGCUGGGCUCCCUGUGUUCAUGGAGGUGUUGUGAUUGCCUCACUGGAAGCAGCAGAACAGCUAUCCUGGGAACUAAACCAGCACUUCCAGCAGUUGGGAUGCCAUGGUUUUACUCUUCAGCUGAAAUGGAGGCUGACCUGCCACGAGGUGGGAGAAGACAGCACAGGAGGCAGCUGGAAAGUCUCUUUGCUCUGCCCUGCUGUCAGCUAGGAAGGAGACAGAAGGGGAGUUUUGGUAGGUGACUGCUGAGAACAUGGAUUUCUUCUAAUGCAGCUGCUGCCAGCAUGAAACCACAGUGAUUCAUGGACUGUUUUUUAGGGGAAAGCAGUGCUUUGUUACCAAACCCUUUGUCCUGAUGGCUUGUGGUGUUGGCCAAUCUCGCAGUCGUAGCCAAAAAAGUGCUUUUGAUACAGGAGUGGAAACUGUGCAGAGGUAGAAACAUCAAACUUUGUUCUUUCCACCCACUGCUCCCCUCCUUAUCUCCUGAUUGUCAGACAAAACUAAUGAAUCCAGAAUGAGGGGUGGACAGUGGGCAGUGUAGGCUGCAAAUUAAUAAGCAGGGAAAUAAUGAAAAGCAGGGAGUUCUUGUGCAAGAGGGUGGCUUGUUACGGAUUAUGUGGGGUUCUUUAAUGCAAAUAGUUCUGAACAUAAACACUAUUUAAAAUUUAUGGUGGCUUAAUUGCAGAGGAAAUGCCUUUCUAAAUGCAGCCUAUCAAAUGGCUCCAGUGCUGGAGGGAAGGAGGGAAAAACCUUAGGCAAGCAUGGCAGCUUGGCCAGGUCUUUUGAGGGCUGCUUGGUUAUAAAAUUGGGGGGGGUGGGUAUCUGUAAUGUAACUGUAAUUUGUAAUCUGCCAAGCAGAGAUUUCAACCUCAUGGGGUCGUGAGGCUUCCUCUGGAAGCAGUGCUUGUUUACUUGCAGAGUCUUGAUAAAACGUAGAAAAAUCAGUUGAAGGUGGUUGGACAGGUACAAAGGUGUAAGAAAGGGGAACUUCUGGACAUGUGGAGAAAAGGCUGCGCGUGACCCUUCUCCUUACUACCUAAGUGACUUAUUUCCUGUGGCACUUAGUCUGGAGGCAUCUCUUGAGUGCGUGUAAUGAAAUUGGAACUGUGAAAACACUGUGCCUUUUGCAGGUGAGCUUUGCAGUUGGUGUAUCUGUGCUGGCCCAGCUGUUUUUUCUCCUUGGAAUACGCUCCCCCAAGACACCAGAGCUCUUUUCUUCUGAUGGCAAAGACUGCACUGAAGCAACCUGGGAGCAGCCUCUCAUAGUUGUAUCAAACAGUCCUCAUUUCAGUACAAACAAACUGCAUCCCCCAAAAAUGGAUCCUUGACAUAAGCAGCGAGGAAAAGCAUCACCUGUCUGAUGGAUCUAGCCUAGAAAUGGUACCAGGAGCUAAAAAAAUGCCUCUGCCAAAUGUGACCAGUGAGAUGAGAACUUGGUAAGAGGGAGGUACAUCUUACCUGGUCUGCAGGAUAUUUGGGCUGGUGCUGCUGUGUUCCCUAAAUGUCUGCAAUUCACUGUGUGUCUGGGUAACUUGGGAUCCCCAGGUAAAUGGUUACCCUGAGAGGUGACCUGACUGACACCUGACAAUCAGCCUUCUGGCACCAGGUGUGAUUUGGAUGCUGAAUUCUACCUGGAACCCAAGCUCAUCAAGUCAGCCUUCUAGGUAGCAGCUGCCUGUAAAUGCUUGCUGGAAUACAGAGUUUAAAGUUGCUUCUGGAAAACAGCACUUCACCAGUUGGCUACAAGCAGAUAUUCUAGACCAGCAGGAAGUUGGAGAGGAGCAAAGGGGAGAGGUGUAGGGAAGGUCAGUGCUGCAGCUGCAGAUGUGGGACAUGGGAAGGGACUCUGGCUCAAUUUCUCAGUGCUUAGCUGAGAUGCAGAGCUGUCAGUUCGAUGUGGGAUGGUAAACUCAGGGUCCUAUCCUGCCUGAUGGGGGGGGAAAGCUUUAGUUGCUGGAUUUCUGGCCUGUUCAUCAGCUCCUACUCAGUGUGGGUACUUCACCAUGGCUUCUCUCAGGCCAUGGCCAGUUUAGCAGCCAUUCUUGUGCUGUGUAAUGCUGCUGUUGAGGAUGUGUGUUCAGGGCAAACUUCUGUUGUACAAGCACAGCAAACUGCUUAAUUCCUUUUAACAUCUGUGUGUUCCACUACCAGUAAAUGAACCGUUUCUAGCCAGUCUUAUUGUCCUGACUUGCUUUGUGAAGGCCACAGACCAUGAGUAAGUGUGGAAAGGAAGUGGACACACCAGACAGGAUAAGAAGCAACUGUGCUGCUGGUAAUGCAGUGGUAAUUGUUUAACCUGCACAGCUUCCUAGUGCUGCUGUCCUCAGAAUACCCAGGACAAAGUGUCCCCAAGGUAGUGCUGGAAAAGGUACAAAAGAGCUGCUUUAGAGUACUGGGCUAAGUGGGUUGACCAUAAGGAGCUCAACUAACAGUGCUUCAUGCCAAGAACAGAAUGGCUGCAGGCAAAUGGCUGCAAUCUGCCUCUGAGAAGCUAUUUUAAAGAGUCUUGGUUUGUGCCUGGUCUCUAACACGCAGCUGACAUUCAUGAGCUGCCUUACACAGAGCUGUAAAGAGCCUAAUGACCUUUACAACAUCCCCUGAACUUCCUCAGUGAGGAAAACCAGCCUGAGUUGGCUUUUUUUUUUUUUCAUUGAAAGGGCUACCUUAGUUUCUCUGAACCAAAAUUGCCAUUUAUAAUUAUCCUUCAAUAGAAGAUCUCAGGCAGGAACUUGGGGAACUCCUUUUGUCUGGGUUGCUUCCAUCAUUACAGGUGCUUUGCAAAGUAACCUCUCCUGGUUUUUAGUGGUGUUUUCUGCUAGGUUAUGCAGCACUGCAGUUAGCAGGAACUGCCUGGGUAGGUGGACAGGUGGAAAUUUGCUUAAGGUGGUUUUUAGUAAGUGGCUUAGUUGAGGAUGGGUCACGGUUGUUACUUCAGGUUUUAGUUGACUCAGAUGUGCUCCUGUGAGUAACUUCAGUGCUUUGCUUUGGAGAACCAGACACUAGAGAAAUGGUGUAAAAGGGCAUCUCUUGCCUUCAGCAUGGCAAAAAUAGCUAGAGAACUUCAGCAGAAAGUGUCUGAAUCAUCCCAAGGAGAGGAAGGAUGGAGAGCUGGGUUCACACAGACAAGCUGAUUCUCGGUGGUUGCAAGUCCUAGCAGUGCUGAAUGAUGACAUGCUCUUGGCUUCCACGGGCAGAAGCCUUUUCUGGUGUGUCUGGAGGUGGACUGGCUGCCUCAUGUACGGCACAGCAGAGCCCUUGGUACCUGCUCAGUAGGUGAAUAAGGCUGUUUGCUCAGCAAGGUGGUUGUUAGCUUUGUAAUCCGGGCAAGUCGAGCAUUGCCAAACCAAAGUGACUUGUUCUCCCCAUCCCUGCCGUAUCUCGAGCACAGUAACUUGUCAGGGGCCUCUUACUCUGCUGCAGGAUUUUCCUGUGUGCUGUUUGCUGGGACAUGGGCCACCUUUUUCUUCAUUCUUGCUCGCCCAACCUGCCAUGACCUCAGCUUCACUUUCCUGCAGAGGCCACUCAGCCCUGCCAGCACCUCAACCUGCCCAGCCCAACUGCUCCUGCUCCUCAGGAGGUGGGGCUGGGAAGUUGCCCCUGUGGCAACUUUCUCCACGUGGGGCAAGGCAGCAGUGAGGCUGCCAAAGCCAGUGCUGUGCAACAAGGGUUGCCUGCCCAGUCGUGAUCUCAGCAAACUUGCAACACUCAAAGGCGCUCGAACCGUGGUGUUGGGGCAGUGGUUCCUGUCAUCUGUCCUGUAGCUGCUUGGGCUCUGCCAACUCAGCACUGGAAAACUUCUUCAGCAGCAUAGGUGAGCUUUUUUUCCCAAGGUUUAAUCAGUGUUUAAUGCGGUUAAGAGGUGUUGUAGCACUGCUGAUGCAGCUUGGCUUCUGUGAUACAGAAGGUCUGCAUGAUCGAGGGAUGUGUUCUCAGCCCCAUCCAGGGAGGAAGGGGAAAUCCCUUUCUUUCUAAGGAAGGGUCUCUGUGGGCUCUUUCUGGCAUGCUAGUUGUGCACAUAUCUUACCUUCUGGUCAGCAAACCAGCAGUGGUGUGGUUUGUUGGCUUGCAGGAUGAACAUUCAACCCAAGAAAAUGAACCAGGUUUACUUCAUGCUUUUCUAGUAAAAUCAUAGGAACAUGAGCGAAACCACAGUGGGGUUUUUUUUGGUCUCAUUUGUUAGUACUGUCUGGGAUCCUUUAGUUCAACUUCUAAAGCUGUAAGCAAGUAAAUCACCAUGGGUAGAAUAUCUUUUCUCCUGAGGUGUGUUCCAGGCUGGAAAUCUUUAGGGUAGGGCUCUGAUUCAUUGCCUGUAGAGCACCCAGAGCCUGUUAGGUGUUUAAAGGUCUGGCCUCUUAUCUGUAGAAGUACACUUAAUUAAUAUUAUGUGGAGGAAAUAAAGCCACAGUAAACUGACUUGAAUAAACAGACUUAAAGUAAGACUGGAUCAGGAAUCAAGGAGCUUAAGACCCUUCAAGUGUUCUUGUUAUUGAUGCUCCAGACAGGUGUCUGUAGGUGUUGAGCUGCAGAGCAAGGGAGGAGCCGUGAGGAGCCUUGGGUUUUCUGAGCUGAAAAGAGAAGUUGGACACCAGCUCUGCUCUGUCAUAUACAAUAUUUUCCUCGAAGACUUGUGUUCUCCUUAUCCAACAGCAGGGACUUUGCCUUGCAUUGAGAUGUCUUUCUGUCUCCUGCCUUGAUCUAUUUUCAGCAAGCAGUUGUUUUGAAAUCUGGCAUAUCUUUCUUGUAUGGCAAAUUGCCUGCUUGCUCCUAGCAGCGGGAUCGAGGGGAGGUCUAAUUCUCACUGAAAACAGCAGGGAAUGCUUUUCUCUAAGACACUCUUAUAAUUUCAUUCCAAAGCUUUUAAGCCCAGAAGGUUAACAAUAGAACUGAAAAAAAGCAUGGGAGCAGAACUGAGCAUCAUGGGGGGAUGAGCUUGUGUUUUGUGAAGCCUAGCAGAGUUACAGCAAGCCUGAGCUGUUGAUAAGAGAGAUAAAAGCACUUUCAGUGUUUAGAUUUGUACUUAAACCUGUAACAGUUCAAAGGCUUUGAAGCAGCCCAUUCCCUCGCAUAUCUUCUCAUUUAUGGCUGUCUGUGUCUCGUAUCAGGCUGCCCAGGGCAUUAAUCCAUUAAUUUAAGAGGAUAAGCUCUUCUGUAUCUCUCGUGCUGGAGGAAAGUGCCUGUAUUGUCUUGUGCAUGAAGAGGCUUUUCCUUUUAAAAAAUUAGGGUGUAAUUGUGCUUCCUGACUGCAGGGCAAGGUGCCACCCUGCAGUUCCAGACCAGGGUAGUGCCAGGAGCGGCAGCAGAGCCAGCUGUGAGCAGGAGUUACUGCCUUGCCCUAAUGAGGAGCCAUGUUGCACUUAAAUCUUGGCACAUGGUGCUCAGUGUCUGACCUGCUCUCACUCUAAUCAACCCCUUUGUUCCAUCCCUUUUCCUUUCUUUCCUCCUUUCCCUUUGUUCUGGCCAUUGUCUUUCAUCUGGUGUUAACAGUCUGCCUGGGAAAGAGUCGUAACUAAUGGAAGUGAUGAGUGGUGCUUGUGUGCAGAAAAGCUGCUUCCCCUGCAGAGCCAAGCAGGCAGUGGAGGGUGUCCUGUCCCCUUCUGUGCUUCAGAGGUCCCUGCUGUCUUUCACUGGGGUGAUUCCCUUUCUGGUGCAUCGGCCUUGAGAGAAAUACGAUGAAGCUUGUGUUGGCAAAAGGCAAAAAGUCAUGAUGAACGAGGCAUUGUUUUGCUAAUGAAGAGCACAAUUGUAUUCUCUUGCUUCUCUGGAGUGUUUUGUGCUUCGAAGAGCUCUGCACCAAGUACUCCUGCAGUCUGGCAGUCUGCUUUGUUUUGGUUCUUGCUUCCUAUGCUGUGUUCUCACAUGCACUGCACAGGAAGUCUCUGCCUCUCCUCCUUCUGCCAAUGUUUUGUUCCUUUAUCCUAAUCAAAAUUCCAGCAGCAGAAUUUGCCUAUGGACUUCCAUGUGUACUUUAGGCAGUCCCUUGCUGGGACAGCCUCUGCCCUUAUGCCACAGGCCUGGGGAAUGGCAGGUUGGUUCACCUGGUGCUUUCUGUAGAGCACCACAUGUUCUGUGUAGAACACCUCAUUGUUCAGCAGCCUGAUGGUUUUUAUCCCAGCCUGAGCUGGGAUGCACUGAAAUCAUUGCUUUGGGUCAGCAUUAAUGUGCCUUUCCCAGGGAAGCUCAGCUGAUGUCUGCUUUGGCUCCUUCCUGGCAUCCCUUGCUUUUUGAUUUUGCUGUUCCUAAAGGCUUACAGAGCAAAGGGAGCCUGUGCCCUCAGGGGCUGGAAGUGCCUGUGAGUCAUGGAAACACGUGGGCCCAAGCACGAGCUGUGGGGCACAACUAAAUGGUGUGCUGGGGAGGGUGAUGCAGUGGCAUCCAGGCACUGCCAUCCUUCUGAUUUUGCUGUUACUUGCUUAUCUUCAGCUGUUGACCAGCUGGCUCACCCAGUUUCAGGAUUUGUUUUGAUGUUGGGGAUGGUAUUUAUUGAAGUUGCAGGAUGUCUUGGUUAUCUUAGCAGCUGAUAACAUGAUUAGACCCAGUUUAAAUGGCAUCUUCUCUCUCUCUCAGUGCCAAACAUCUGAGGUUCCUGGAUAGUCUGAAAUAGCUGUGCUGCAGCCUGUGUGUUGGGGGUGACUUCUAAAGAACCUCAGGCCUUUUCUUCUCCCAUCCUUGAAAAAAAAAGGAGGGAAGGAAAGGAAAAGUCUUGUCUCUUGUUACUUAGGAAUUAUGAGAUUUAGCUUACUGUUCCAAUGACAUACCUUGGAUUACUGGUAAAAACCUGUAGGGAAGCUGCUGAAUUGAACAUACAUGAGCCUUCAACAUACAUGAGCCUCCCCUGUCACCUUCUAGCUGAAGCCUUGCUGCUGAUGUCCAGUAAUCUUAUUUUUAAACCAGAUCUGAUUCAUGCUCUUAUUUUCUAUGCCAGAUGAGGUCCUUGGUUGUGAGUAAGUGUUGUGACUGUAGCUGGCAGGAGUGCUGCAUGAUUGCCUCACUUCAGGAAAUGUUAAAAUAACACUUUUUUUUCUUAGAAAGCUAGUUUGCUCCCCUCCCACUUCUAAUUCUCCUAAUAGCUGCCCCCAGUUUGGCAGCUGCCUUACAGAGGGUUGUUUGUGUUGCUGAGUGAGAGCAGAGACACUUCAGUGGAUGCAGUGCUGGAGGAGAGGUACACAAAGUGAGCUAGUAUCUCUAGCCAAGCUGGCUUAAACGUUUUAGAGGUUUCUCUGAAAUCUGGAAGGCAAACUGCUAAACUGUGAGAAGAAUCUUGCUCCUCCCCCUGGACUCUGCGACUGAAGUGGGGAUUUUUUUCCCUCUUGGAGAGGAGCAGCUGCCCCAGCCGAAGCUGCUCAUUUGAGACGAACCACACAGCAGGUUUAUCUGCUCCCUGGCUGCAGUGCCUCAGUGGGGCUGAGAGCACCAGGAGCUGCUGGAAUGAGUGUCCCCCAAGGACGGACCCUGCAGGUUUUGUCUGCUGUUUCAGACUUGCAGUCAGGCCUCCAAGGCAAUCCUGAGCGGUGCACAUCUUGACGAAGUCUCCUAGCGACCUUUUCUGCGGGGCUGAAUGACAGCAGGAGCUGCCAGGUGAACCCGAUGAGCCUGUAAAGAGGUGAGACCAGGACACACCAUGGGUCAGAAGGUCACAGGUGGGAUAAAGACUGUGGAUAUGAGGGACCCUGUGUACAGGCCGUUGAAACAGGAGCUCCAAGGACUCGACUACAGCAAACCCACGCGGCUGGACUUGCUGCUGGACAUGCCUCCCGUGUCCUACGAGGUGCAGCUGCUGCACUCGUGGAACAACGACGACCGCUCGCUGAACGUGUUCGUGAAGGAGGACGACAAGCUCAUAUUUCACCGGCAUCCGGUGGCCCAGAGCACGGACGCCAUCAGGGGCAAGGUGGGGUACACGCGGGGGCUGCACGUGUGGCAGAUCACGUGGGCCAUGCGGCAGCGGGGCACCCACGCCGUGGUGGGGGUGGCCACGGCCGACGCCCCCCUGCACUCGGUGGGCUACACGACCCUGGUGGGGAACAACCACGAGUCGUGGGGCUGGGACCUGGGCCGCAACAGACUCUACCACGACGGCAAGAACCAGCCCAGCAAAACCUACCCCGCCUUCCUGGAGCCGGACGAGACUUUCAUCGUGCCCGACUCCUUCCUGGUGGUCCUGGACAUGGAUGAUGGGACGCUGAGCUUCAUUGUCGAUGGGCAGUACAUGGGGGUUGCGUUUCGAGGACUCAAAGGGAAGAAGCUCUACCCGGUGGUGAGCGCAGUGUGGGGACACUGUGAGAUACGGAUGUGCUACUUGAAUGGACUCGACCCUGAACCACUGCCUUUGAUGGACUUGUGUCGGCGAGCAGUGAGGCUUGCUCUGGGCAAGGAGAGACUGACUGAGAUCCCUACACUGCCCCUGCCAGCCUCCCUCAAGAGUUACCUGCUCUACCAAUGACCUUCGUGUCCGAGGACAGACAGAGAGCUGGAACCAAGGCAAUGCGUCGGAGCUGACCCGCCGAGCAACGGGCUCUCCACCCUCGUGUCAUCGCUACUGUUGGGACUCCUCGGCCAAAGUAUUCCUGCCACUGCUUAAGCCUCCAUGUGCCCUUAUUGGGCAAGCUCCCAAGUAAUCCUUGUUUCACAGCUGAGUGUUUUGUUCUUUGGAAGUCACUUGCCCCAGCACGCUCACAGAAGCUCUGUGCUUCCCUGCUUCUCCUGAGGAAAGCUGUGCUUUGUCCUUUGGCUUCAAGGGCCUAGGAGUGAAAUGAUUUGUCUGUACCAGCUAAAGGGAAGGACAUGAUCUGGGGGAAAGGGGAGGCAUUAGGAGUGGGAAGGUCCUAAGAAUGGAAAGGCAUGAGAUGGCCAGCAGAGUUGGAAAGAGUCUGGAAUACCAAGAGGAAUUAAUUGCUGAGAUUUUAAAAACCAAAAAAAAAAAAAAAAAAAAAAUAGGUACAACCCCAAGCCUUGAAACACCAAAACUAAAACCCUUCCACCAGGCCACUUGUUAAUUUGGAGAAGGAGGUUGUGUUGCUGAUGUCUGUAUCUCUGCUGGGACGUCUCACCAUGUUCUAGUGCUGUUUCCCAGAUCAUGAGUUCCAUGUUCCAUGUUCGUGUUUAUCACCAGCUCUUUCUCCUGCUCCAUUCUCUGCUCUGACUCUUCUUAGUGGGUUUGACUCAGUGGAUUGGCACAGACUCACUGGGUGUGAUUUCUAACCUGUUCCAUGGUAAAGCUUUAGAGGAACAGACUGAUGUGCUUCUCUAAUGGCUCUGCCAGGGAAUUCUCAGAUAAGCUGCUUAAAUUCAUCCAAACCAGGCUUUGUUCUGUCCUAGACCAUUGGCAUAAUCUCCACUUAACUAUGCAGCAGGAAUAGUUCUCUCUGUUCCUUCCUUGGGGGUGGGAAGUUGUCCCAGAGAAGGUGGUUCCAGUGUGGGCUGCAGAAGAACCAUCAGCAGAUGAGAAAUCCAGGAGGUGGUUGCUGCAGAAUGUCACUUGUGAGACCUUGACAGAGGCCAGUGAGGUGAUCUCCAGGCACAGCAAGAACAAACUAAACCUCUCCAGAGCUGGGGGGCAGGAGAGAACUGCAAUAAACAGGACUAGCAAUUCAGGCAAAAUCAGCACAUCCCAAAUAGAUCCUCACCUCAGUAGCCAAGUAAAGAGGAUGACACUCCUUUACUACCAGGAGCUGCUCUCUUGACCUCUCCACAGGUUACUAUGCUGCCUUUCUGGGGUUAUUUUGCACAUUUCUUUGUCUUGAAAAAAAUGUUUGUAUGGUUGGUUUUUUUUUUUUGUUUGUUUUGCUCUUGAGUUAUUCCUUCAGUUCUGUGUAGGUACAAAUGAGUUUAGUUGUUAAAAAUGUUAAUAUAUAUAUUUGUGGUGUAUGUAUAAGAACAUGUUUUAAACAGCUGCUGUAGGGUACCUUUUUUAAAAUAAACUACUUGCAUAGUAUAUUUUUUAAAGCACGGAAUUGGUGCCAAGACUGGGUGGGGUGUGAUGUGCCCCUUUUUUAUUCUAAUAUUAUAUGAUUUGUGUUUUUUUCAACGUAGGGGUUUGUACUAGUUUCUGUUGCAAGGUGGGACACAGGAAAAUUCAGUGUGUGUGUGUGUGGAGCCCUACUUGGUUGCCUUCAACUCGAACCAGUGUCUUCCAGAACUCCAGGGAAGUAGCUGUGUUCUCCCUACUCCUAAUGCUCUUUGUGCUCCCACGUUUCCCUCUCUUCUCACUUCACCAGGACGUUACUUUGUACAGUUUUAAAUUCUGGCUAUUUUAUGACUGUAGAUAAUACUCAGUAACCUAAUAAACUUUAUUAAAUAUUA